UGCCUGCGUACAGAGGUUGAAGUUGAGGAGGAUAUGAUUGCACUUCUGUAUGUAUGCGGUCAAGAAUAAACGCUUGGGCCACACGCGCCACCUUUUAGCGGAGAAAUCUUAGACGCAUUUCUUCUUCCAUUUCUAGCCAUCUUCUCAUCUUGAGGUUGUGUUAUGUGUGGUAUUUUGCUCCAUGCAACGACGACACAAAAUGCAGAAAAGGUGAAGAAUGGCUUGUCACUCGAUGAGCAAUCCGAUCAUGAAAGUCCGAAGCCAAUUUGGUGGGACGAAACAGCACAAGUGAUCAAAAAUCGCGGUCCUGAUGCUUGUCAAGAGAGCAUUCAUCUUGCAUCGGAAGGCAUUCAGAUUCGACUUUGUGCAAGUGUACUGGCUUUGCGUGGCGAUCAAGUAGUCAGUCAGCCUCUUUGGACCGAUGAUGGUCGAUAUAUGUUUCUUUGGAACGGAGAGGUGUUUCAUUCUACUUUGCCCGAUUUUGAUCUAGACAAGCAUGACGGAGUGCAAAUACUAGAGUGCAUACAGGAUUUGGUACGAAAGGGAAAGGUACUUGCGACCGCCUUUGCUUCCGUUCUUGGCUCAAUAGAAGGUCCAUAUGCAGCGGUGUUAAUUGACACAACCACAGGCUCAAUGUGCUUUGCAAGAGAUCCAAUUGGUAGACGCUCUCUGCUGAUGAUCCGAUCAGACAACGAGAUCGUACUGGCUUCUGCUGCCUCCCGGUCGCUCUUGACCAUGUAUCCUGGAUUAACAGAAUUGGACUGCAGCUCAAUAUGGCAGGUACGUCCGGACACGAAGUUCGUUCCUCAACCUGUCCCUAGAAUGUUGACCGGUGGUGAAGGUACCAUCCUACGUGAAUUGCGGAUAAAGGCUCCUGACGGCGCCUUGGAGGAAGUCUCUCUAGAUGAUGUCGUGGACAGGUUCGGGAAAGUGCUUUCGGAAAGUGUACGACAACGUGUCCAGCAUUUACGAUAUCAUGGUUCGAGCUCCGUAGCACAAAUUGCUGUGUUGUUCUCUGGUGGUUUGGAUUGCUGUACGAUUGCUCUUUUAGCACAUCAACAUCUUCCCGAACAUCAACCUAUUGAUCUUCUCAAUGUUGCUUUCCAGAAUCCAAGAGUGUUGGCAGCCGGUGGAGUUAGAACUCCAUACGAUGUCCCCGAUCGUGUGACCGGCAAGCAGAGCUUUCAAGAGCUACAACGUGUUGCUCCAACCCGUCAUUGGAGAUUCGUGGAAGUGGAUGUCCCCUUUGAGGAGUAUGUUCUGAGCAGAAACACGAUCGAAACGCUUAUGACUCCAUGCACAAGUGUGAUGGACUUGAGUAUCGCAUCAGCUCUGUAUUUUGCCUCUAGAGCAAAGUCGGAAACCUAUCAUAGUACUGCAAAAGUCUUGCUUUCUGGUCUAGGUGCCGAUGAGCUAUUAGGUGGAUAUUCACGUCAUCGACAGGCAUGGGAACGAGGUGGUGUGGACAAAUUAGUGCAGGAGCUACAAAUGGAUUUGAGUCGUUUGCCCACACGCAAUCUAGGCCGAGAUGAUCGGAUCAUCUCACAAAAUGGCAAAGAAUCGCGAUAUCCAUUUUUGGAUUGUGAAGUGAUUCGAUUUUUGGCAGAUUUACCUGUUCAAGAUAAGAUGGACUUUUCACAUGAACCAGGUAAAGGCGAUAAAAUGAUUUUACGUCAAUUAGCCAACCGAUUAGGACUCCAUCAAACAAGUUUAUUGACCAAGAGAGCGAUUCAAUUUGGCGCACGAAGCGCAAAAAUGGAAGUCGGUGAUGGUCGAAUCAAAGGACAUGAGAAGUUAACGAGAUAGCAAUGCCAAAUUAUAGACCUUUCAUACACAUUGUACCAAUAUACCGCUAAUUGUAUUCUAUUCAUGCCUGAAAAACCAAAUCUUGCUCACGAAGUUUUCUUUUUCAAAAUGAAUUUGACAUUGAGGUAAUCAGGUAAGCUUCGUACAUCUGUCAAAAUGAUCACUUUCCACUUUGUGUGCGCCACCACCAAGGAUCAUUUACUGAAGUUUGCUGAAUACUCUGGGUGCCGAACAUUCGGAUGCACAAUGUGCUAAAUGGAAGAAUUCUUCGACGCAGUUUUCGUCCUUGAAACCGU